GCAGCGAACAGCUGUCACCCAGUGCGGAACAAGUCUCCUAAAUUUCCCAAAUCUCCCUAGGCCGAAGAGCACCGUCUUCUUUCUCAUCCUUCUCCUCGGGGUCGUGUUCUCGCCCUCACCCACGCGCCAGAGAUUGCCAUAGCCAUCAUGGAGGGGGCCAAGGUGGAGAGUCCUCUGAACCCCAGCUGUAAGAUAAUGACCUUCAGGCCCUCCAUGGAAGAGUUCCGGGAGUUCAACAAAUACCUCGUGUACAUGGAGUCUAAAGGAGCCCAUCGAGCGGGUCUUGCAAAGGUGAUUCCUCCUAAGGAGUGGAAGCCAAGACAGUGUUAUGAUGACAUUGAUAAUUUGCUCAUUCCAGCGCCGAUUCAGCAGAUGGUCACAGGGCAGUCAGGACUGUUCACUCAAUACAACAUCCAGAAAAAAGGCAUGACUGUGAAGGAGUUCAGACAGCUGGCCAACAGUGACAAAUACUGUACUCCGAGAUACUUAGAUUAUGAAGAUUUGGAGCGCAAGUACUGGAAGAACUUAACUUUUGUUGCACCUAUCUAUGGUGCGGACAUUAAUGGGAGCAUUUAUGAUGAGGGUGUGGAUGAGUGGAAUAUAGCUCACCUAAACACGGUCUUGGAUGUGGUUGAAGAAGAGUGUGGUAUUUCUAUUGAGGGUGUAAAUACCCCUUAUCUCUAUUUUGGCAUGUGGAAAACCACAUUCGCAUGGCACACCGAGGACAUGGACCUCUACAGCAUUAAUUAUCUCCACUUUGGAGAGCCCAAGUCUUGGUAUGCUAUACCCCCGGAGCAUGGAAAACGACUUGAAAGACUAGCUCAAGGUUUUUUCCCAAGCAGCUCCCAAGGGUGUGAUGCGUUUCUUCGCCACAAGAUGACACUGAUUUCUCCAUCAGUAUUGAAGAAAUAUGGUAUUCCCUUUGACAAGAUCACCCAGGAGGCUGGAGAAUUUAUGAUCACUUUCCCAUAUGGCUACCAUGCUGGUUUUAAUCAUGGUUUCAACUGUGCAGAAUCUACAAAUUUUGCAACUGUCAGAUGGAUUGACUAUGGAAAAGUUGCUAAAUUGUGUACUUGCAGGAAAGACAUGGUGAAAAUUUCAAUGGAUAUCUUCGUUAGGAAAUUCCAGCCAGACAGAUACCAGCUUUGGAAGCAAGGAAAGGAUAUAUACACCAUUGAUCAUACAAAGCCUACUCCAGAAUCCACACCUGAAGUAAAAGCAUGGCUGCAGAGGAGGAGGAAAGUAAGAAAAGCAUCGAGGAGCUUCCAGUGUACUCGGUCUCACUCUAAAAGGCCUAAGACUGAAGAAGAUGAGGAAGUAUCAGCCGAAGUCAAUGGGGCAGAUGUCUCUAUCCCUUGUCCAGGCACAGAUGACCUCAAGGUCAGUGAAAAGCCAGAAGAAGCAGAGAAGCUGGGGAUCACAGGAGCGCCUUCAGAAGAAGAGGUUUCUGCUAGCAAGACACAGGAGUAUCCGAGUUUAUUGGAUAAUAUCAAACUCUCAGGAAACAGCUGCUUAUGUACAUCUGUAAUGGAGGAAGUAAAAGCUGAAAAUGACAAAGCCUGUGACAUAACUGCACCUUCUAAACCCAAAGAGCAUAGUGAUUACAUAGUGUUAUCCAGUGGCCAUGUGAGGUCUGAGGAGUCAGACCCACCCAAGCUUUCAUGGCCGAAGUCACCUGAGUUGUGCUCCUCAGUGGCAGAGAGUAAUGGUGUGUUAACCGAGGGAGAAGAGAGUGAUCUGGAGAGCCGCAUGAAUGGCAUUGAAUCUGGGGAAAUCCCAGCGGUCCCCAGUGGAGAGAGAAAUGGCUUCAAAGUUCCCAGUAUAAUAGAAGGAGAGACCAAGACCUCUAAGAGUUGGCGCCAUCCGCUUACUAAGCCUCCAGCAAGAUCCCCCCUGACCCUUGUGAAGCAACAGGCAGCAAGUGACGAAGAAUUGCCUGAGGUCCCUUCGGUUGAGGAGGAGGUAGAAGAAACAGAGUCUUGGGCAAAGCCUCUCAUCCACCUUUGGCAGACAAAGCCGCCUAACUUUGCAGCUGAGCAAGAGUAUAAUGCAGCUGUGGCCAAAAUGGAGCCACACUGUGCCAUCUGCACUCUGCUCAUGCCGUACUACAAGCCAGAUAGCAGCAACGAAGAAAAUGAUUCUAUAUGGGAGACAAAGUUAGAUGAAGUAGUUACAUCCGGAGGAAAGACUAAGCCCCUCAUUCCAGAGAUGUGUUUUAUUUAUAGUGAAGGAAAUAUAGAAUAUUCUCCACCUAAUGCCUUCCUUGAAGAGGAUGGAACAAGUCUUCUGAUUUCCUGUGCAAAGUGCUGUGUACGGGUUCAUGCAAGUUGUUAUGGUAUCCCUUCUCAUGAAGUCUGUGAUGGAUGGCUGUGUGCCCGGUGCAAAAGAAAUGCAUGGACAGCAGAAUGCUGUCUCUGCAAUUUGAGAGGCGGUGCUCUUAAGCAAACAAAGAACAAUAAAAAUGCAUCUUCUGCAGACACCGAGUUAAGAAGGUCUCAGGAGCCUGCAUCCAGUGUUCCUAUGGCCGCUGCCCGGCCUCUUUCCAUGUCACGUGUGCCCAUGCUGCUGGGGUGCUGAUGGAGCCCGAUGAUUGGCCUUACGUGGUGAACAUCACGUGCUUUCGACAUAAGAUCAACUCAAAUGUGGU